GUUCAGUCUCAGCACAAACAAUGGCAGCAAAACCUGGAGCCGCAACUCCAACGUAUUCACCAAAACUCGUCGGAAGAACACGGCUUCCUAUUUUCAAAGAUUCCGACCUCGAUUGGUCCCGUCCUGAUGGCCGUGGCUUCCACCAAUGCCGACCUGCCUUACUUCAAACAGGUGCCGUGAGUUCUGCUUCUGGUUCUGCUUAUGCUGAGUUUGGGAACACUAAAGUCAUUGUUUCAGUAUUUGGGCCAAGGGAGAGUAAGAAAGCAAUGGUUUUUAGUGAUGUUGGUAGAUUGAAUUGCAAUGUUAGCUAUACGACUUUUGCGUCCCCUACUAUUGGUCAGGGAACUGAUCACAAAGAGUAUUCAUCAAUGCUUCACAAAGCAUUGGAAGGCGUAAUAAUGAUGGAGACAUUUCCAAAAACAACCGUUGAUGUUUUUGCAUUGGUGCUUGAAUCUGGAGGAAGUGACCUCUCUGUUGUGAUAUCUUGUGCUAGUCUUGCUUUAGCUGAUGCCGGAAUUAUGAUGUAUGACCUUAUCACAGCUGUUUCAGUGUCUUGCAUAGGCAAAAACCUUAUGAUUGACCCGGUUACAGAAGAGGAAGGAUGUGAAGAUGGAAGCUUUAUGAUGACAUGCAUGCCAUCUCGUUAUGAAAUCACUCAGCUAACCGUCACUGGUGAAUGGACAACACCUAAUAUCAACGAGGCAAUGCAGCUUUGCUUGGAUGCUUGUUCUAAACUUGGAGAGAUCAUGCGGGAUUGUCUGAAACAGGCUGCCUCAGCUUCCGAAGAAUGAACAUAAAUCAAGAAACUAUGAUUUUGGAUUGUAGCUGAGACUUGGUAUGAAACCGAUUUAGCUGUUAUAGGUAAAUGGUUUUUUAGUCUAAAGCUGGGUGGUGUAGUUGAAACCGAUGUAUUUUUUCACAUAAGAUUUGAUGGAACUAGAUCUUUAGUUAUGAAAUGAAUCCCUAUUGAGGGU